AAGUCGCUCCACUUCCGAGGCGAGGAAAAGUCGAGCUGAGUGCUCCGCAUCUCUAGAAAGUCCACAGACCGAAUUCAUUUGACCUUUGGGAAGAGUUUUCAAUUGCAGGUCGGAAAUAACUGAACACUCACUUGCGACAGAACCAAGGUGCAGUUUUCUCGCUUUUUUUUUCUUUUUGGGUUUUUGAAUUUUUUAUUUUAUUUAUUAUUGUGUUUUUUUUUUUUUUUUUUUUUUUACUUUGUGACAACGACAGCAAACUGGACUACUCUUGUGAAGCGGGAAUGAUUUAUCCUCCUGAAGGUUUAUUCUACAUCGAGAUGGAUCCAGCGCCACCAGCUCUCCCUCCGAGGUCAACAAAGCCAGCGUCUUCCGCCAUGAACAAUAACUGCCUUUCCACACAGUCCAGCUCACUACGUGAUGCUGAAUGGUACUGGGGAGACGUAACCAGGGAUGAGGUGAACGAGAAGCUGCGCGACACACCUGACGGUUCCUUCCUGGUACGUGACGCAUCCACAAAGCUGCAGGGAGACUUCACGCUGACGUUAAGGAAAGACGGCCAUAAUAAACUGAUCAAGAUUUACCACCGUGAUGGGAAGUAUGGCUUCUCUGACCCACUCACAUUCACUUCAGUGGUGGAGCUUAUUUGGCACUAUCAGCAUCAUCCAUUAGUGGAGUACAACACCACGCUGGACCUGAUGCUCACACAUCCAGUGUCUCGCUUCCAACAGGUAAAGCAGAACGGUGUUGAUGUCGCUGGAAGAAAGCUCAAAGAGGUCCAUUGUCAGUAUCAAGAGAAAUCUAAGGAGUUUGAUCGUCUUUAUGAAGCCUUCACUAAAACCUCGCAGGAGAUCCAAAUGAAACAAACGGCAAUUGAGGCAUUCAACGAAACAAUGAUGAUCUUUGAGGAGCAGUGUCGUGAACAGGAGCGCUACGGGGAGGAAUUUGAGAGGAACAAUCAAUCCGAGGGUGCUGAAAAAGAUCUAGAAAGCUUUCUGAUAAACUACGAGAAGCUGAAGUGCCGUCUCAGCGAUAUCUAUGACAGCAAGAUCCAUCUCGAGGAAGACUUGCAAAGCCAGGUAGAGGACUACCGAGAGACAGACAGAAAGAUGAACAGUUUGCGGCCAGACCUAAUCCAGCUGCGCAACAUCAGAGAUCAGUACCUCAACUGGCUUAAUCACAAAGGUGUACGGCAGAAACGCAUAAACGACUGGCUCGGGAUACUAAAAGACAGCCUUGACGAUACAUACGUGUUGAAAGGUGACGAGAAGAAUUUACCGCAUCAGGAUGAGACGAGUUGGUUUGUCGGUGAACUGAGCCGGACGCAGGCCGAAGAGAUGCUUCAGGGGAAGGAUCCCGGAACAUUCCUAAUCCGUGAGAGCAGCAAGCAAGGCUGCUACGCGUGCUCUGUUGUAGUGAACGAAGAAGUGAAGCACUGCAUGAUCUACAGCACGCCACAUGGUUACGGCUUCGCUGAGCCCUACGAUGUCCACUGCUCACUGAAAGACCUUGUCCUUCACUACCGCUUGCACUCUUUAGUGCAGCACAAUGACGCCCUGGAUGUUAGGCUGUCGCAUCCCGUACACGCCAAAGCGCCCGUCAUGCCUUCGCAACACGCAGAGGAGCACAAACUCUUACAGACUCCCAAACAGACAGUGAGGCUCCCACCGGCCGCUCCAGAAAUGUAAAGCAACUGAGAUUAUAUAAAGGAUAUGUUUACUGUAUCCUGCGAGAAUGACUGCAUCGAGGUGCAUUGUUAAAAUGUUGCACUAAAGUAAUUCCAUCGGUUUUUGUGAAUGCAAUUUCACAGAUUGACGUGGGACCGGAACUUGAAUGUCAGCUUCUAUUAUUUUAGUUCUCAAGAGACUGUUAAAUUUGUUUCCGAAAAGAAAUUGUACUUCAUACAUUGUUGUUUGUUUGUUGGACGUUAUUUUGGUGGGAAUGUUGACAACCGCUAAAUUGCUCCCAGACAGUAGAUGCUGCGUUUUGGUUUGACAUCUACAAUCUGAGCAGACGUUGCCGGAGAUUUUGCCUAAAACUGACUCUGCUCUGAGAAUCUGAUCAAUAUGUUACAUACUGGUAAAUAUAUUAGAUUACUACUACUUAGUGCAUUGGUGCGGAGAAAAUGGUGCUGUACACAGGCUGUUUCUGUCAUCCUGGUUUGGUGGACCAAACCUUUUUCUGGGUAAAUACCACUUGUGAAUUUGUGAAAAAUUGUGGCGCAUCUUGACAAUUUGCCCCGUUCAUAGAGUGGAUAUUAUGUAGCAUUAACAUCCUGUAGAAAACUAUUAUAAAAGCAUACUCAAUGUUAUACCCAUUGACCAAAGCACUUGAUAGAGAGCAACGUUACAUCCCUGUUUUGCCCAAUCCAUGCAUUUGGGCAAGCUAAUGGCAAUUUAUCUACACCUGCUGAUGUGCUGAUGAAAACAUAAUCCGAAGUACUGUAUGUUAUAUUCUGUUACUCGAAGUAUAAGCUUUUUGUAUUCUAUAUUUUUUCUACAAACAUGCCACAAGAUGAAAGCUUGAAGAAAGUGCAAUCCAACAGUAUUUCUAUUGUUGCAAUGUGUGACGGUGGUGUGAAGGUUAUGCUGUUAUGAAUGGUUGACAUGCGCCACAAAAAUGCACUCUUUGGUGGUGUCGGUAAGAUAUGGCCUCCGAUGUUCACUUGAACAGCAGGAGGGCCGGAAGUAUCCUGCCUCCAUUACUUGAAUUGUGGCAUUGCUCGAGCUACGAAUGUGUUUCAUGACAUGCAGCCUACAUAAGUAACAGCGCAAGGAAUCUGUGUUUAACUUGGCACAUUUUCUUCCAAGUUUGUGAACAACAGGAACUCUGUACAGAGAAACUAAAAUGUAUUUCUGAGGUUCCUACUUUGGAUGAGGUCUAUUUGGCCUUAUGUAGUUUAAAAAAAAAUUCAAUAAAAAAAAAACUCCAAAUGAUGACGGAGGAAAUGAGUGAAGCUGAGCAAUGUGAGAUCCUGACCUUUGUCUUGCUGAAAGACAAUAAACUGAUGAGGGUUUUGUCAUUUUA